GGGCGGUCCCCGGCGGCGGGGCGGAGCAGUCGCUGCGUGAAGUCGCGGCUGAGCGGGGUGCGGUCGUUCCAGCCGUCCUGGGCACCGCGCGCCGCCGAUGAGCGGCACGCCUCGUGAGUCGCGGAUGUCUCGAGGAUGCCAUUUCUUCGAGGCUGUCGCGAGCGACAGCAUGAUCCGCAACUGCUGCCAAACCAUCAGCGCAGGACUGCGAACACAUGGCCGCAUGGUUUGCCGCAGGCGUGCCGAAGAGCGGCACGCUUCAUAAAUCACUGGUGCAAACUUCAAACUCAGCUCUGAGACAAACGCCGGCCUUGCAAACUAGGCGCUACCCACAGCAGGGAGCCGAAGCGUCCCCCAAACCGGCAUCCAUGCCCGUCCUGGGCACGGGCGCGGCUUCGCGGCAAAGGCAUUCCAAGGCUUCCGUAGCACUCGAACAAACUAUGUAUUCGAGGAUGUCUCACGCGGCAGCCUCACGCCACGUCUUGUCUGAAGAGGCGACGCAGUCGCAAGCUCCAAAUCAAUGCAUGGUAGGGAAGGAAGCCCGUCCGCGGGACAAGAGACGCCCGCAGACUCUCGAGGGGAGGAGAAUGAGGGUUCAAGCAUCAAGGACCACAGGGCAAUGCGGUCGACGCCGCCGCGCCCCCUGGGAUGAUGAGGAGGGAGAGAGGGAUGAGAAGGAGGAGGAGGAGGAGGAUGAAGAGGAGGAGGAGGAGGACGAAGAUAAAGAAGAGGAACCCUCAACACUACCAGCCGUGCCAGUCCGUGCCCCGACCCGCGACGUGUGCGCACGCCAAGCAGGACCAGCAAAGCAGGCGAAAAACGACCAGCAGCCCUACGCUGUAAGAUCGGCUGUGCUCGUCUCCUGGAGAGCGCGCAGAGUCUCUCUGGGCGCGCGGAGACUCAGCGGCGUGCGCCGCUGCGGAGGCUUACGAGGAGACAAAGCAGGAUGAGGGGGAGGAGGAAGAAGAGGUCUCCAGAAGAGGAAUAGGAAGAGGAUCGAGUGGCCCCACGGGGGCAGCUUCUGUACCCCCAGCCCCCGCGCGGGCCGUCCGCGGGACAAGCAGAGGCCCGGGGCCAGUGCUCCCUUGGGUGAUCUGCUGCUGCACUUGCCUGAAAAGCGCCGGCGCGGCGGCAAAAACGCGGUUCAGAAUCUGGAUCGGCGCCUUCUCAAACACUUGGCUGAGCGAAUUGACAAGGCACGCCUGUGAAAGCCCAUCCGUAUCCGCUCCGGCCGCCUUCGUUGUAGACGGCGGCGGCAAGCUGCUGGAGGCGGGACACAGGAGAGGGAGGAGCCGGGGCAGAAGCUGCGGCGGCUCCCGGCCAGGAGCAAAGGCCAGCCAGGAGCCGCCGUGGCUCUUGGCCGGACUCCUUCCCCAUCCGGACAGGAGCAAAGAGGACGGUGCUGCUUUCGACGACACCAAAAUCGCUGGUCUCCGUGCCAGUCUCUGCUGAAUUCGAGCAGGAAGGAUGGGAGGAAGACCAGGGUCUGGCGAUGAGGAGGAGCAACAGUGGUAGCAAGAUGGGAACGAACAGAAGCCUGCAUGCACCGGGCCAGCACUUUGUAGCUGGCGCUAGGGCGCAUCAAAGCGGCGGCCGCGGCGGGCUCCCGCUCUGCCAGCUCAAACGGGCAAGCUUGUGACUGCCCCGUGCCACCACUGCCCAAGCCGACGAUCCUAGAACGCCUGGUAGCGCCAACGUGUCCUCGUCGACCAAAGCCGAUCAAUGCGACGCGGGCAGUGCAAGGACGGCCGCCAGUGAUACCCGUGGAGCUGAACGGGGUAAAGACACAGUUCGGCGGCAAGCGAGGGGGGAAGUGAGAAGGAGAAGGCGUUCUCAGAAGGCUGCGGGACUUCCCAGAAGCCCUCGCGCCUUCUGAGAAACCAAGCCCGUGCCUCCGGGGCAGGCUCAGACACUCCUCGCAAGGCCGGAGGUCUGCCGAGACUUCUGAGAGGGCCUCCCCCUUCCUCCCCUCGCUCGCCGCCGCACAGUGGGCUGACACGCCCCCGAGGAUCGCCGAGCGGGGGGCGCAUGGCGAGCCAACAGCGCCAGGGCCAGCACGCCGAUCCAGCUCGAGCGGCUGCGUGCGGGCGACCCCGCCGCGCCGACCGCGGCCCGCGGCGCGAGGGCCCGCGGUCCGAGCGCGUGUGGCAUCGGGAGCGCGCGGGGUCCCGGCGGACGCGUGCGGCUGCUCGUGGACGACCUGCGGCUGGCGCUGCCCCCUCCCUCCCCUCCCGGGGCACACGCUAGUGUAUACGGACUCGGGGCCUGCGGAUCGGGCGCGCGGGCGCCGGAUCCACGGACCGUGGAGAGCGCGCCCCUCUGAGCACGAGGCCAGGGCCGUGUGACUCGGUGCCGAGGCGCGUCGGUGCGGCACGGGAGCGGGGCCCGUCGCUGAGCCUCGCGCCUCGAUCCCUGUUCGCGCUUCCUCGAUCCCUGCUCCUGCUCGCU